AUGGACAGUCUCAAAGAUCCAGGUCCAGCUAAAGAUGAGGACCACCAAAGCAACGGCGAGAUUAUUGGGAUCCUAGAAGGAUAUACACCCGAAGAAGAAAAGGCAGUUGUGAGAAAGAUUGAUAUGGUCAUUUUACCAUUCAUGUGUUUUGUCUUCUUCUUACAAUACCUUGACAAGCAAAGCUUAAGCUAUGCGGCAGUUUUCAAUCUCACCGAUGACCUCAACAUGUCCAGCUCCCAAUAUUCCUGGUCCAGCUCGAUUUUCUAUGUUGGGCAGCUUGUAUCGGAAUAUCCCUUCAUCUACCUCAUGAGCCGCCUACCGCUUACCAAGUUCGUUGGUGCAACUGUUAUUAUUUGGGGUGCUAUUUGCAUGUGCCUUGCUGCCCCAAAAAGCUUUGCCGGCUUUGCUGCCGUUCGUUUCCUGCUCGGAUUCAGCGAAGGUGCCGUCUCGCCUGCGUUCGUCACAAUCACGAGUAUCUGGUAUCGCAAAAAGGAGCAUACAGUGCGUACCGCGCUUUGGAUUACCAUGAAUGGUUUGGCUCAGGUCAUUGGCUGCAUGCUCAUGUAUGGAAUCGGCAAAAACACAUCGCUUUCGCUCGCCCCGUGGCGUGUUUUGUUUCUCAUAUGUGGCGCUCUCACCAUUGUGGCCGGUAUUGGCUUCUUUAUUCUGAUGCCUAGUGGACCCAAGACCGCAUGGUUUCUCAAUGCACGCGAGAAAGAGGUCCUAUCCCUUCGCAUGGCUCAGGAUCGAGAAGGUGGCGAUAAAACAUCGUUCUCUAUGCCGCAGCUAUGGGAAACACUACUUGAUCCGAAGGCAUGGAUGGUGUUUUGGUUUGGUGUCCUGGUCACCAUGCAAUCGCCGGUAUUGACUUUUGCAUCUCUCGUCAUUGAGUCGAUUGGGUACAGCAAAUUAGAUACCAUGCUCUAUACUGCGCCAUCCGGGGCAGUCCAGAUCGCAUUACUAUGGAUUGGUACCGCUCUUGUUUCCAUCUUUCCCCGACAACGUACCUUGGUCAUUUUAGUAUUGAUUAUUCCACCAUUUAUCGGGACCAUCUUAUUACUCAAACUUGAUAUCACUGCAGAGUGGGGUCUUAUUGUUGCCUCCUGGCUGGCUUCCUGCAUCACUGCAUGCAUGUCAAUUUUGCUCUCGCUUUUCGCAUCUAACGUCAAAGGCAACACGAAGAGGGCUGUUGUAAACACCAUGUUCUUUAUCGGAUAUUGUGCCGGAUGCAUUGGUUCCCCCCAGUUAUGGACACAUAAGCCACGUUAUACUUCGGGCGUCAUCACCUCUAUUGUAACAUGGUGUCUCCUAUUUGUAGCCGUGAUAGUUUAUCGCGGCUUAUGCAUGCAUGAUAACCGACGGCGCGAUUCAAAAAUGGGCGCUAUUGGUGAAUCCAUGGCCCCUGAAGUUGAGUUAGAUGAAAAUGGGAUGCCAAAGACUGAUGUGACGGAUAAGGAAGAUUGUCAAUUCCGAUACGCAUUUUGA